GGUAUGGCGAUUGGCGAGCUCUUACCUGCACCUCAAAUGGCGGAAGGGGAGAGAUGAACCCUUGAAAACCCUAACCAUGUGUUUGCAUUCUAAAUUUAGAAAUCUAUUUGUGAAUUCCAUCCAAAACACCACGGAAAGCAAAUGAAUUCCGCUGGAUCUUUCGAGAAACCAGAAGGAGAUCAUUUUCAGAUAUCCAAAUUCAUCACAAUAAUAUUUUGUGAUUCGAUCAGGUGAUUGUGAUGAAUACUCUGUUAGGUCUUCUUAGAGUUCGUAUCAAAAGAGGUGUAAAUCUCGCCGUUCGUGAUAUCAAUACUAGUGAUCCGUAUAUCGUCAUCAGGAUGGGUAAACAGAAGCUGAAGACUCGAGUCAUGGAGAGGCAUGUCAACCCUGUGUGGAACGAAGACUUGACUCUUUUCAUAUAUAAUCCUGAGCUUCCAAUAAAGCUGGCAGUCUACGACCAUGACUUCUUUAGCAUGGACGACAAAAUGGGAGACGCGGAAUUUUACAUACAACCGUUUUUGGAGGGGCUAAAGAUGAAUCUGAAGAACCUCCCGAGUGGCACCGUUAUAAAGCGGAUAAAACCUAGCAAGUCAAAUUGCCUGGCCGAAGAGAGCUGCAUAACCUGGCGAAACCACGCUGUCGUCCAAGAUAUGUGUCUGAGGUUGAGAAACGUCGAAUGUGGUGAAGUCGAACUCGAGCUCCAUUGGAUCAAUGUUCCGGGUUGCAAAUUGGUUUAGAACUAAACACCCUUGAUGCAUUUCAUGUGUGGUAAAUUUGCUCGAUUCUUGGUUUGUCUGUCUACGGUUUACGUCGAAUAUUGUAUUUCGAAUACCCAGAGUUACUGAGUCGAUAGUACUCGAUCUCAUUAUUUGUUUUGUGAACACGGAUGGUUGUUUUAGCUUGAAUUACGCAACAACGUCUCCAGCAGCUUCUC